AUAGACAUAAUACAGCCAUACUAGGUAUUAUCUUAUAAGUUACACUACGAGUUCAACAUCAAAAUAUUUAUAUUUGAUUUUAAAUUAAUUGCGUACUGCGUAAUACGCAUUUUCUUUGUUAGAUUGUUUGAAUUACUAUUUACACAUUAUCAUUUUCACAUUAUUCAUCAAUGCUUUAAAAUCACUACACUACUACAGUUAUUGGAGUCUAAGGAAUCAAGAUGAAAUUUCUAUUUCUAUCCUUUUGCCUCUUCAUUAUUUUACUUGGUGAAAAUGUUUCCGCCCAAAAGCAUAAGAUUGAGAAUAAUAAACAUUUUUUUAACUCAAAGCUUCACAAUUAUCAUUAUUCUAUGAGAAAUAUUAUCAAUCAUAAAAAAAUAAAAAGACAUACUGAAGAAGGAAUAAUUAAUAAAUUUAAAGAACAAUUAUCAGAUAUUGCAUUGCAAUCAAUGGAAGGAUUUUCAGCAUAUGGGCAUAAAUUAAUUGAAGUUGAAGAAAUUGGCAGUAUAUCACAUCUUUCAAAUCAAAACAAGAUAGAAGUAACAGCAUGUCGUUUUAAUGAUUUAAAUCAGAAAAAAGAAAUAGAAACGCAUCCUGAAAAAAAAAUAUCAAGAAAUGAUUUUUUUGUUUGUGAUGUAUGUCAAAUUACAAUUAAUAAGACAGAAAACAAUACAUUUAAAGCUGUAGAAAUGUCGUGUGUUUUACAUGAUUCUCGUAAUUUUAUUCGCGCUCCAGAGCCAUCACCUGUGGGAGGUUACAAUGAUAUCGAUGCUGAUACUGAGAAUAUCAAACAACUGGCUCUCUUUUCAUUAGAUUCUAUAACACAACAAACAAUGUCUAAAAGAUCCUUGGGAUUAAUCCGAGUCCUUUCUGCAAAGAGUCAGGUUGUAGCUGGAAUAAAUUAUAAAAUAAAAUUAUUGGUGUGUGAAAAAGAUUCAACAAAAGGAAAGGAUAUUGUUAUGGAUCACAAUAAUUGUCGUUCAUGUGAUGUAACUAUAUGGGAACAAUCAUGGUUGAACAAUAAAAAUGUAACUAAAGUUGCUUGUUCUAGACCUGCUGAACUUAAUUCAUUUUCAAGUGUUGCUGUGACUAAAAGAGACAUACAUGAAAAUUUAAAUCUUGGAGGUAGAAUAAAUUUGAGUAUUAAUGAUAAGAAAGUUCAAGAUAUAGUGGAUUAUGCUUUAAUAUCUAUUGAUAAAGAAGAAGGAUCUAACAAACCCCAUGUUUUAUCAAAAAUCUUAAAUGUGUCCAAACAAAUUGUGUCUGGAAUUAUCUAUAACAUUGAAUUAGAAGUAUGCGAGAAUUCUACAGGUGAAAUUAAUAAAAAGACAUGUAGAAUUUGUAAUAUAAAAGUAUGGGAACAAGCAUGGGAGAACAACAAAAAUACUUUAAAAUUCAAUUGUUAUAAACCAAACAAAACCAACAUAGAUGCAUCAAAUUCUAAAACAUUUACCGCAAAGAAGAAUAUUAAUGAUGAUCGAUUACAAUUAAAGACAGACUUUGAAAAUUUUAUUAUGGUGCAUAAUAAAAUGUAUUCUAAUCUUGAAGAAAAGAAUAGAAGAUUCCGAAUCUUUGCUGCUAAUAUGAAGAAAGUAAAAUUAUUACAAGCCCAUGAACAAGGAAGUGCUAUUUAUGGAGCUACACAGUUUGCAGAUCUUACAAAAAAUGAAUUUAAAAAAAAAUACUUGGGUCUGAACCCAUCAUUGUCAAGUAAAAAAACAUUACCUAUGGCAGUUAUUCCACAAAGUGCCUCUAUUCCUAAUGAAUUUGAUUGGAGAGACCACAAUGUAGUAACACCAGUAAAAAAUCAGGGAGCUUGUGGAUCAUGUUGGGCAUUCUCAGCCAUAGCCAAUAUUGAAGGACAGUAUGCUUUAAAAUCUAAGACACUUCUGUCCCUCUCAGAACAAGAACUAAUUGAUUGUGAUAAUUUGGACAAUGGAUGUGGAGGUGGCUUAAUGACCCAAGCGUUUGAAGCCAUUGAAAAUUUAGGAGGCUUAGAGACAGAGUCAGAUUAUCCUUAUGAAGGUCAUGCAGAUCGAAAAGGUUGCCAGUUAAAAAAACCUGAAGUAAAGGUGUCAAUAUCUAAGGCUGUAAAUGUAUCUACAGAUGAAGAAGAUAUUGCCAAAUUUUUAGUUAAACAUGGACCCUUAUCUGUUGGGGUAAAUGCUAAUGCUAUGCAGUUUUAUAUGGGUGGUGUAUCACAUCCAAUUCACGCAUUAUGUAGUCCCAAAUCACUGGAUCAUGGUGUAGCCAUUGUUGGUUAUGGAGUCCAUAGAACUAAAUAUACUCAUAAAAAUUUACCAUACUGGUUAAUUAAAAAUAGUUGGGGACCUGGAUGGGGAGAAAAAGGUUACUACUUGCUCUACAGAGGUGAUGGAUCUUGUGGUGUCAAUCAAAUGGUUUCUUCAGCAAUUAUUGAAUGAUUUAUAAACAAUGAAAUAAUUUUUCAAGUCAGAUUCUCAAAAUGGCAUACUUAAUAAUAAACAUUGUAUUAAUGUUUUCAUUAUUUGAUCUAUAGAAUUUUACUAUAGUAAUUUUAACUUAUGAAUAGACCUUUAGGGUAUCUAAUACUUCUAUAAUUAUUAAUUAUAAAAUAUAGAUAUAUCUUAAUCUAAUUAAUUUUUUUUUUAUAUUUUAUACUACUAUGUUUUAUUAUUAUUAUUUUUAUUUUAAACUAUUAAAUUAAUACACAAUCUACUAAUUAACAUA